AUGUCCGCUCCUACCGACUCCAAUCCGGCCUCCUGCAAGGUGAUUCUGUCCAAGAAUGUCGCCAAUCGCCUGAUCGCCGAAGUGCAGGAGGGCAUCCGGACCCUCGAGAAGCCGCCUCAUCUAGUGGGCUUCCUGGCCAACAAUGACCCUGCGGCGCUCAUGUAUGCGCAGUGGACUCAGAAGACUUGCGAAGAGAAUGGGUUUCAAUACACCCUCCGUGAAGUCUCCCGCGAUGAGAUCGAAGAAGCCAUCCUGGCCGCCAACGCCGACACCUCCGUCGACGGCAUUAUCGUCUACUAUCCGAUCUUCAACAACCGCCAGGACCAAUACCUGCAGCAGAUUGUAGAUGUGAGCAAGGACGUUGAGGGUCUCAGCCACCGCUACAUCUUCAACAUGUACCAGAACAUCCGGUUCCUGGACCCGGAGACCAAGCGCCAAAAAUGUAUUCUGCCCUGCACGCCUCUGGCCAACAUCAAGAUCCUCGAGUACCUCAACAUCUACAACACCGUCCUGCCAUAUGGCAACCGGCUAUUCGGCCGCACGAUCUGCGUCGUCAACCGCUCCGAGGUCGUCGGGCGGCCGCUGGCUGCGCUGUUGGCCAACGAUGGUGCCUGUGUCUACAGUGUGGAUAUCACCGGCGUGCAGAAGUUCACUCGUGGCGAGGGAUUGAAGAAGCGCCGACACGAGGUUGUGGAUCUUGAGGGUGCUGCGCUGAAGGAUGUCGCCCCGCUGUGCGAUGUGGUUAUUUCGGGUGUGCCCGGUGAGAAGUACAAGUUCGACACCAGUCUUCUCAGAGAAGGGGCUGUGUGUGUGAACUUCUCGAGCGAGAAGAACUUCCCCCACGAGGUCCGGGAGAAGGCUUCUAUCUUUGUGCCUUCCAUUGGGAAGGUGACUAUUGUGGUUUUGCUCCGGAACCUGCUGAGACUCAUCCAGAACCGACGAGCAGACGAUGUCCAGCCUGCUGCAGCGACGGAACGACCGGGCACUCUUGAGGCGGCUUCGUAG